AUGUCUGCCGUUCGCUUCGUUACCCUCGCCAAGUCCCGUGUGGCAACCUCAUCCGUACCAAGCUCCAUUGCUAUUCGGUCUAUCUCAUCAACUGCUAGACUUCAAAAGGGACCUGUUGAUGUGGCCAAGGAUACUCUCAAGAAAACCGAUCGAUUGGUAUCCGAUGCCGCAGUUGGUGGUAUCAACAAGGGCUCGGAAGUUGCUGGCAAGGUGAAGGAGGCUGUCGGUGGUGUGAAGCAAGAGGCCGAGAGCAAGGCCGAGGAUAUCAAGAAGAAUGCUCCCAAGUACGAAGGAAAGGUCAAGGGCUCAGCCGAGGAAGCUGCAGGCAAGGCCAAGGGCACAGCAGAUGAGCUUGCGGGCAAGGCCAAGGGAAAGACAAGCGAGGCAGCUGGCAAGGCCAAGGAGCACCUCAGCUAA